CCCCCAGUUUUUUGGUGGGAAUGCCUAAUGAAAAAUUGUGUGCUGGAUGUUUACGCGAUAAUGAAGAAAAUAUAGCAGAAACAUGGUGCAGUAAUUGUUCAGAACUAGUGUGCAAGUUUUGUGCUAAGGUACAUCGGCGAUUUGACCCUCCGCAUGAAAUAGUGCAAAUAAAUAAUUUAAGUGAGAACAAUUUUUCACUUAUCGAAACUUCAAAGUACUGUGGAACUCAUAGUGAACAAAAAUCGGUUCUGUUUUGUUCCCAGCAUGACCAAUCUAUAUGCGACUUGUGUCUUUUUGACGAUCAUUCUAACUGUAAAUCAAUUAUUCCGAUUGAACGAGCAGCAAAAGGGUCGAAGGAAGGUACGGCAGCAGACGAUUUAGAAAAACGUUUAAAAGAAAUAGGAACAGUGGCAAGGACUUCGCUGAAAGAAGUCAAGACAAAUGUUGAUUCUCUCGUUAAGCAAAAGAGCGAUAUUCUACAAAUGGUAUCGUCUGUUAGAAAAGAAAUUGAAAAUCGUCUUGACAAACUGGAACAAGAUAUAACAAAGGAAAUAGAGAAACAGUACAACACGUGCCAACAACGGGUUAUGGAACAGAAAUUAGUCAUGGAGAGACAAGAACAAGAACUUAUGGACAGAAACGCCGAUAUAAACUCGUUAAAACUGUGUACAAAUGACAUUCAGUUUUUUCAAACAAUUAAGACAUUAGACGUCAGUACGCAUCAAUACGAAACAGAGAUGACCACUAGGAUAACACGAAUAAGUUUAGAAUAUGAAUCGAAUGAAGAGAUAUCAAAACUUAUUGCUGCCCUAAAAUCGUUUGGAAAUGUUCGUAUAUCGGAAACCGAUUUGGAACUGGACCACAUUCCAGAUAAAAUGCAUCAAAGUCAAGUUCAAGUAAAACACUCAACAACUACAAAAAGUAAUGGACAAAAUGGUCAUUGGUCGGGAUUUUAUAAACAACAUAACAGACAACAUCAAUUUGAGUUAGACAUUGCAUUCUUGGAAGGAAAUGUGACCGGUGAGGGAAUCGAUACGAUUGGACAAUUUACCAUUGCUGGUACCUGGGAUGUUUCUAGUAGAAGUAUACAGUUUAGGAAACAGUACAAAGGCGCACAUUGUGUUGAUUACAGUGGUCAGCUAUCAACGGAUGGUUGUAAGAUGGACGGACAAUAUAAUAUUGGUGGUUCUACAGACAAAUUCACGAUGUCAUUUGUUCCAGCACACCAUGCAGUCUCUGAGCAUUGGACUGGGUUUUACAAUCAAAAUGAUAAUCGUCAUGCUUUCGAGCUGGACAUUGCAUUUAAAGGCGACAAAGUCAGUGGAAAAGGAGAUGAUGAAAUAGGAAAAUUUAGUAUUAACGGUGAUUGGAUAUCUUCUUCUGGUAAAAUACAAUUCUGUAAGCAGUACCACGGUGCACAUAGUGUGGAUUACAGCGGUCAGCUAUCUUCUGACGGUCGCAGCAUGAAAGGAAAGUAUAACGUCUGUGGUUUUUCAGACAGUUUUACUAUGACCGUUGUAUCACUUUGAUAGGAUAUUGUCUUACACUUUAUAUUGUAAUAAAAUUUCUAUUAUCA